GUCAUGCAGUGUUACGCAAUACAUCCUGUUUGCCACGGCACGAAUUUCGACAGCGAACCUCCAUCUUCAUUCGACGAAGCAACCGGUGGUUUGAGCCAUGAGCUGCAGCACAGCAUUCAUGUCGGUCAACUUGAUGUCUAACAAUGAAAUAUCCUAUGUUGAGUUUCUUCAUGAAUGUGAAGGCAGAUUCUAUUUUCAAGUUCUCGUGGAUGAAACAGAUGGGAAUCUGAGAACCGACUGUUUCAAAAAGUCUUCAAAAUGUCUUACUUCUUUGAUCCAAGUUCAGAACCAAUACCUGCUUUUAAAAGAUGACAACCAAUUUGGAAUCCAGACGUUAACUAUUGCUCAGCAAGACUCGCCAAAUUGCAAAUUCAGGAUUCACUAUUACAAUGAAUCUGAUAAGAAGAAAAGGAAGGGCCGUCCUGUCAUGCUGUAUGUUAAAAAAAGCAAUUGUAUCGCAGUGGUUUGCUGUCGUAACGCACAAGAAAUUUACACAAAGGAGAAAACUGCUCUUCCAGAGAAUAUUGACGAAGACAUAGAUGAAGCUUUGUUCUACAUGAGUCAACUCCCUGACAAAACAAACACAUACAUGUUAGAGUCCUGUCUUUAUCAUAGUAAUUUCUUGGGUUUUAAGCCUUUAAAGGAUAAUCCGUGUAAGCUGACUUUGGCCUUGUAUCGUAAAGUUGAUGAAGUGGAUGAAAGCGUCGAAGUGACACUUUUAAGGAAAUAGGGAAUAAGGUACACAAUAGUAGUCUUUUAGCAUCCAGUAUAUCAUUGUAAGAAUUUUACUAAGUUAGCAGUUGCAAAAUUUAUUUUUUUAUUUUACAACGUUAUAUGAACUUUGCUCGCUUCAUUUCGCUGUCCUCUCACAUUGUAGCACCACAUAACUGGCAAAAAGGAUGCAUUUCUCAUGGCAGGAGAUUACUGACAAUAUCUAGACCCAACAUUGUAAAAGUUGCUAACCUGCUGGUAUUCGAACUGUCUUCUUACAUGCAUUUUUUUUUUCUUAAAUUGUUUAUUCAUUCUAAAGUGCUUGUCCUGUCUCAUCUAUUCAGGCUUAACAUUUUUCCUCAUGUAUAAAUGCAAUGUCUUAUAUUUCAUUUGUGUACAAACCCAAUCACAAAUAGACCAAUUUGUUUCUCUAUUUACUGAUAAACCAUUGAAUCCCGAAUUUAAAAAAUAGCUAAAUUUGAUACUGAAGUUUAUACAAUAAAAAUAUAAAGAAUAAAUUGUCCAAUAAUUUAUGAAAAUGUAAGAUUUUAAGUAAGGAAAACUGAAAUUUUAGAGUUUUCUUCAGUAAUUUAUUUGGAAUAUUUGUAACUCAUCACGUUAACACACUUGAUAAAAUGAGUUCAGUUUUGUAAACUUGAAUUUCCAAUUUUUGGGCAAAACAUACACUUCUGAGGAAGCAUAACUUCCUAAGACAAAUUGUGCUAAUUUGAAAUGAUAAAUUGUGUGAACCUAGCCCUAGCCUCACUCCAGAUACCUUUAAUAGAGUGUGAUGGCAAGAGCAUAGUCAGCCAGACUGUCUCCGCAGUUUACACAUAGUGCUGUCAUCGAGGUUUAAAUUGCAUUUGGAUUACCUUGAUAUAUGCGUACUUAAACUUCAAUCAAGUUUCAGUACUGCUUAUUUAACAUAGCUCCAGUGUAGUUAAAAUGUUGGGUUUUUAUUCACUUAACAUGAAUCCAUCUUAGUUAAAAAUGAGAUUUUUGGGAAAUCAUUGCAUCUGAGCGAAAUAAGUUGACUUGGAAUUUCAAGGUCUGAUAGGUUUUUAUUGUUGCUAUGAUGCAUUGGUAAGAGAUGUCCCAAUCACGCUAUUUUUCCAGAGGAUCGGAAUCUAAAAACGGUCAGGUUUUUAUUAUAAGAAAUAUAUUUCUCUGCUUCAUGCGCGUACAGCCUUCACUCUCCCUCCUGCUGCUUUUCCUGCUCACUAGUGCACUGCAGUUUGCUUGUUAAAGUUAACAAUGAGUGGCAGCCUUUGAAGCUUUGAUGUUGCCAGAGAAGCCUGGGGGGCGCUACCUUGAAAUACGCCACAUGUGUUAAUCAUGUUUGAACUUGUUAAACACUAGCGGUAGUGUGCUGUGACAACUCAUUGUGUAAGUGUUGAUGAGCAGUGUGAGAGGAUUUAAGUGGACUUAAUGAAGCAUUUAAUAAAUUAUUUUUUCUUCUAUGUUAUUCUUGUUUAAAAAUAAUUCAGUGGGACAGUAACGCAUUAAAUUUUUUUUUUUUUUUUUUAAACAAUUUUUUCCCGGGUGCAGACUGGGACUUGGGAUCGGCAGAUUUUCAAAAUCGGGUGACUUGGACUUGGGUGCAAAAGUACGCGUCUUUGUUAAACUACAUUGCAUUCAGAAAGUAUUCUUAAACGUCACUUUUUCACAUUGUUAGAUUUCUUAAAAUACUGUUGCCCAAAAAAAAAAUCUGUGUAGACUUCCAUUAAUGAAAAUGUAUCCACUUUGGAAAAAAGUUAUGAAAUGCCAAAAAGGUGAAAUGGUGUGAAUAUUUUCCAGAUACACUGUAGAAUUUUUUUUGCAGCAAUGACAAAUGUUAGUGACAAUUUCUGUUGAGAAUGCAAGCUGCUAGGUGUGUCUUGGAAUGCUCAUUCAGCAGAUGUUUGUGACAUCCAAGAUCACUUCUGCUGCGUACCAUACACUGAAGCCAAGUUUUCCCACACCAAACAGAUUCAGGAAUGCGUUUUUGUGUUUGCAAUUACACUGCAUCUCAAAAAGGGACUUCCCCCAAAGCUUUCCGACAAGUUAUACCCUUAUUUUAGAGUCGGGUGAAUUCAUUUAUGGUAUGUCCUGGUGGUUACUUGUUAAUGUAGUGCAUUAAUUAUUCAAUAUUUGCAUUCAUUAUUCAAUAUUGUGAUUAACAUCAGAGCGGCCACUCUGACAAAGACAAAAAAAAAAAAAAAAAAAAAAACAGGGUUCAAAUAAAGGCCACUGAACUAAAGGAUUGGCCAUUUACACAAGACACAAAGGUACAUCAGCUAUAUUUUAAAGCUGCGUGGCUCACAGUAAAAGACAGGUACGAAUACAGGCUUUCAUCUUUUUAGGUGGCAAUAAACCUUCGAUCAAUAUGAGGCAUCUCGACUGCACCAUUAAAAUACAACAAUAGCAUAUCUGAAGGUGGGUUAAAGAUCAAUUCUUCCGUAUGACUGAGUAAUCGAAACAAAACAUUUUUGAAAAUCAUCCCCCCCCCCCAAAAAAAAAAAAAAUAGCUGUCAAACAAGACUUCUGGUCUGUACAAUGUAAAAACGCUUUGUGGAAAAAUAUGUGGACUAAGUGAUAUGGCAUAGUAAAGACAUGGGCCAACUUCUCAACUGCACACAAAUUGACAAACUGCCCACACUGAUCAGAGACAGGCAAUUCCCUUCUAUGCAGGUACAAGAAUUGGCUAAAAGUCAUUUUGCUGUCAAAAGAGAGUAGAACUAAUUAACAUGAAAUACAAUUACACACUUGUGAAUCACUGGAAAUAUUGCCAAAGCUGUAUAUUUAUAGGAAUUUACAUUAAACACAUUUGGGUCAUUGUUCAGAGCUUGCCAGUUCAUGUUAAUGUUUAUUUGCUCCAAAGCAGUGCGACGGCUUUGCAGAUGCCCACGUCAUUGUAGUUGAAGUAGCAAAGACCAGCAAAUGUGACUGAUGACAGAAGGAAGAGACCGGCAUUGGCUAUCUUGAUCUUGGUGUCCCCGUGAACGUAAUCUGUUAACACCUGGCCUAAACCCCUAAAAGACAAAAAUGUGAAAGAAAAAGUUAUAACUGGACUUGAAAAGUUACUGUGUCUCAAUCACUUGUCAGUCUUAGGCCCUGUUUACACGGUGAUGCUCGACCGAAACAGAAAAUGACCCAUUACAGGUUUGCAGGCACAAAACAAUGAUCCCUGUUCGAAUAACGCCGUAAUUCUGCAAGGGAACGAUGCAGUAUAUGCAGUAUUCUUGCUUUACAAUAGGGGGCAAUAUAGUUUUACAACACUACAGUUGUUGCACAAACUUCUUUGACAACAUCCUCAUCAGCUCAGGUUACGUGCCGAGAACAGACCUUGGCUGCGUUACAAUUGCGGUUUAAAAUUGCCCUCGCUCAUUUGCCCCAGACACUCCCCCCUGGGGGAAUCCCCGCCGCCAUCUUAAGGGCUGUUCCAUUUCCCUAAACAGCGAAGUGAACUUGGUGAAAUCGACCCUUAGAGGGCUAAUGAUCAAGUCAACAACGACGGUCACUGCAGAGCUCCCUAUAUGCCACAAUGCAUUGCAGCGGUGCACGGAAAAUAUGUCCAUGUGGUGGUGAUAAUGAAGCUCAAACACCGUUGGCUAGGAAUGUGACAAAACAUCGAAAUGGUGAUAUAUCGUGAUACUUUGUAUCCCAAAAGGUUAUCGAUAUGCUUCUGCCAAGAAUCAAGAAAGGUUAUCGAUAUAUUCCAGCCAAGAAUCGAGAUGUCGUUUUAAAAAGGUUUCGAUGGCUUAAAAAAAAAAAAAAAAUCUUCCACCAUAAUAGUGUCUCAGGUAACUAACGCUGCCAUUGACUGUGCUCGACGCCCAAUCCAUUUAGACUGAGAACGUUCGUUCAUUCGAAAUAGGGCUGCAGCUAUCAAUUAUUUUAGUAGCCGAUUAAUCGAUGAACUGUUUAUUUCGAAUAAUCGAGUAAUCGGAUAAGGAACAUAAAAUUAAAACAGCUGAGCUGAGCCUCACACGGUAUAUAAAAACAAAAAGAUCUAUGUAAAACAAAACAAUUGGCUAACUUCCAUACCAAAAGUCCGCUAGCUUAAAUGCUAUAAAAUGCUAACGGUUUUUACAAUGCUCUUAACAAAUGGCUCAGACACAUAUAUUCCCACAAAAAAAUGGCUAAGUAUACCUUUAAACUAAAUUACGAAUGCAUUAAAAAAAAUCAUUAGCUCAAACAAAAACUUAGCUUAUGUUGGUCUUAACAGGGAGCAGAUGAGUUCAGCCAUGUGAAAUGAGGUAGACUAGAGGGCAGUGUAUCCACCCAAAUCAAUGAAAUAAAAGCAAACACUUUCAAAACAAACCAUUACAACGCCACUUUAAUUAAACGAAUACUCGAAGCAGCAAAAUGUAAUUUGAAUCUUUUUUUCUAAUCGAAUACCAGAGUUAAUCGAUUAAUCGUUGCAGCACUAAUUCGACACCAGAGCAUUCGCAGUCAUUCUGUCCGAUUUUUCGGGGCAUUUACAGGUCACUUGCUGUUCAUUUACAGGUCAUUUUCUGUUGAGUUUGAGUCACUGCGUAUUCAUUCGGGUGAUACCCAGGUCACUUCUUGUUCUGUAACUCAAAAUAAACAGGAAGUGACCCAUAAAAUACCACCAAAUCAACAGGAAGAAACUGAUAAUCAACAGGUAAAUGUCCUUAAAUGGCCCAAAAUUACCUCGUUGCCUGGCAUUGGCUGCAACAACCUUGCCUGGUACGGCCAGACUGUUCUCCCUGUAUUUUUCAAACACUGAGAGAAAAGUCUGGGACCCAGCCCAUUAACGGCCUCUCGAGCAGGUACAAAAUCAAUCGACAAAUCAGAUUCGUUUAUUUGCGUGACGUGUUCUUAACGAGCAACGUCACUCUUGCGCGUCGGAAGUCGUCUCCACAACAACACGGAUGGUGAACAGGAGAGCCGAGAAUAUGUUCCAAUCCACGGUAAAAUCAGUUUUAAAUUACCAAAAACACAUCGACACGAGUCAUUGACAACAGUCUGUCUCGCGCUAGCCAUGUUGGAUAAACUGCGCUCUCCUCGUAUGUUUACGUCUGCGCGCAAGUCCCUCCUCCUGCUCUCGUCGCUUUACUAACGUCACGUCUGCCCGUCGCUGAUUGGUCCACUCCGCUGUCUGUUUGCUGUGGCUUGCUCCGCCCUGGAAAUUGCAUCCACUGAAUGGUGGCCAGACUCAAUAGCUGGAACAGCGGUGAGUCUGGUGUACUAGGCAAGCAACUACCGGCCAUAGAUUCAUUCAUUCACUGACAUCCCUCCCACUUGAAAUGGAUUGGAUGUCUACUAGUGAUAAACUCAUUCCAAUUCACAGCAGAAGCUUGUUUUUCUGUUCACUGGUUGUUUGUAGAAUAUCCUAGAAUGAUUUCCUGACCAAUGUAUCGAAAAUCGUUGUAUCGUCUGAUCAUCGUUAUCGUGAGCUUUGUAUCGCAAAUCAUAUCGUAUCAUGAAGUAACAAGUGGUUCCCACUCCUACUGUUGGCUGCUGUAUAUAUACCACCAAAAAGGAAGAAAAUGAAUUAAGCUGCCAGCACGGUGUUUGAAUGAUAUACCAAACUGCCUUUCGAAUUUAUAAAAAUUCAUCAUUUCUGUUAAAAAUUUUAAAAAAUUAGACUGUACGUGGCAGUUAUGACAGAACAUAUGGAAUUUCACUGGAGUACCAAAAUUAAAAAACAUGAAUAAAUAUAAAAAGAAAUGAAUAAAUAAAAAGUAAAAACUUUUUUAUUGACUUUCACUUUUGUCAUUAAAAAAAGGAAAAAAACUGACAAUUUUUGUCAUUGAUUUUUAUAUUUCGCUUGCCUUUUCUAUUUUGCUUUUAACGAAAGGAAUGGUCUGUCAAUCAAAUGGCGUUGGGAGGGACUGAAACUAAAUUUCAAAUAGGUUAAAAUGUGUUUAAACAACAAAUCUGUCUACAAAUUAUAAGGUAUAGACAAAAAAAUAAUGAAUUGCCCAAAUAAAAUUUGAUACAAAACUAAUAAUUUAGAUAAUUCCCAGGUACCGACGUAUUGCCAUCCAGCGCGGAAUACGUCUCCAUCUGAUUAUUAUUGACCUGAGUCGCCGUAUAUUUUGUGUGUUUUAGAACAAUGGUGCCACCAGGGGGUGGCCAGGCCUGGCCAAGGCUCCCCCCAAUGAAUCUUUGAGUUCCGCAGCUUCUACAAUCUGACAUUAUAUCGGCGAGUGGGGUGAUCAGUGGGGUGGCCAAAAGAUUCAUUGGGGGGAGCCUUAUCUGAGACAGUCCUGGACUGUCUCAGAUAAUUAGAAUAUUGUGAUAAAGUUCUUAUUCUAAUUUCCUGAGACAGUCCUGUAUACAGGACUGUCUCAGAUAAUUAGAAUAUUGUGAUAAAGUUCUUAUUCUAAUUUCCUGAGACAGUCCUGUAAUGGUAUGCAAUAUACAAUAUAUAACACAAUCAACUAAAGUAUAUCAGUAGGCGUGUCCUGAAGUCUUCCUGACAGUUUUUUACUGGCUUGUUUAUUACUACAACAUAGUAAAAACCUCAAAUUAUGGCUUUUACUUUUUGGUGUGCCACCCCAAGGUUUGAAGUGGCCCCAUUUGGCCACCCCUAUGAAGAAUUUUUGAAGGCGCCACUGAUUUGGAAUAGACAGUAUAGCGCUACUACAACACCUUGUGGUUGUUCCAUGAUUUUCUUGCCUGUGAGUGAGCGAGGGCAGGUGUGUUCCAUUUACGUCUUUCGCUCCCCCUCCGCCCACUUUCCUUCCGCCCUCCAAGUGGCCUCCGUGUGACGUCAUAGUAAGUGCUUAGUGCAAGUGAGUGAGGGCAACUCAAACCGCGAUCGGAACUCUUGUUUUUCAAUACUUCUUGCAGCAAAAUGGUGAUUGCAGUCUGGCGAUCUAUUUGGACGGAUGCACGGAAAGUUAGAAUUACUGCUUCGCGUUACACUGGACUACAAAGCGUCGAAAUAUUAAUGCAACGUAAACUGGGAGCCAUGCCAACUUAACUGUACAAAUACCCAAGAAGGAAAUUGUAGUUGUUUUUUUCUUGCACUAGUUGUAAGAAAAGUGAUACUUUUGUCUUUAAUGGCAUCUAAGAGUGUUUGUGUAUGUGUUAAAAGAGAAUAAAAGAAACGUAAGAUGUGCAACCAAGUUUUUUUUUCAACAUACCACAAAACAAAAGUGACAAUUAAAUGAAUAUUUUGUAUUUGUUGACAAGGCUCCUGAGUAGGAGUGGGAACCUCUUGGUACCUCACGAUACAAUACAAUUUGCAAUACAAAGCUCACGAAAACGAUGAUCUGGCGAUACGACAAUUAUCAAUACAUUGGUCAGGAAAUCAUUCUAGGAUAUUCUACAAACAACUAAAAACAGGAAAACAAGCUUCUGCUGUGAAUUGGAAUGAGGUUAUCAUUAGUAGAGGUCUAAUCCAUUUAAAAUGGGCGGGUUCAUUCGCUGCCACCCCUCCCACUUCAAACAGAUUGAACGUCUAUGGCCAGUAGUGGCAGCUAAUGUCAGGCAAUGAGGUAAUUUGGGCCAUUUAAGGUCAUUUACUUGUUCAUUUUCAGUUACUUCCUGUUGAU